AUGGAGAAAGGUGUCUUUAUGUUGUUUGGCGGACGCAAGUUCGAGUCCAGCAGUAUCAUCGAGGCUUAUUCGCAGACCUUUCACGUCCCCUACGUGUCCCCGAGUUUCGCGGACAAUGUUCAACGACACCUGUCCACGUUCCAGCUGCAUAUGAAACCUUCUCACACCAAAGCUUUGGUUGACCUUAUAAUACACUUUGGAUGGAGGAACUACCAUUAUGUGUACGAUUCUGAAGAGGGAUUGUACAGGAUGCAGGAAUUGGUUCGGACGUUUGAAAAGAAGCGUUACCUGGUAACGGUGCGCAUGCGCCGUUUACAAGACAUCGACAACGCGCAUGAGGAUCUCCGAGCACUGGAUAAGCAAGCGGACGAUGACAACAUCCCGAACAAGUAUAUUCUUCUAGAUUUGUCCAAGGAGUCGCACUACUAUAAAAUUAUGAAGCAGAUUCGAGAAGUAGGCAUGAACAAACAUGGCUACCACUAUAUAAUGGGUACAAUGGAUUUUCUCAAUCUUAAUAUGGAGCGAUAUCGCUAUGGUGGCGUCAAUAUCACCGGAUUCCAGCUCGUUAACUACUCGUCAACAUUUGUACAGAACUUCCUGAAGCUCUGGCGGGGGCUAAAUCCAAUCUUGUUUCCCGGCGCAGGCAACGACAGUAUACACAUAGAUGCCGCACUGGCUGUCGACGCAAUAGAGGUCAUUCAAAGGACACUACGCCAGCUUAUAGAGAAUUCCUCAAGCAUAUUUAAGCACACGUUCCGCCGUGGUGAAGUGUACAACCACAACAGAACACGUGGCGUACCAUGUGACGCUGAUCCACCCGUCCCGUGGAUGCAUGGGGAAGCGCUCACGCAAGGAAUGAAGAAGCUUCACUUUGAUGGCGUUACAGGAAAUAUCGAGUUCGAUGAAUAUGGAUUUAGGAAGCAAUACAAAUUCGACGUAUACAAUGUUGGCCUGAACAUUGGACCGAACAAAAUAGGCGAGUGGUCAAUUCGGGGUGGGGUGUACACGGAAGGAGAGGAGUUCCCUACGACAAACACUACCUCCACUGAUCGCGGUGUAUACAUGGUCACAUCUACAUUGCCACCACAUCCUUCGGCAAAGGAGUCCACACGAACUGUUCUCCACCGACACGGUCAUAAUUCCCAUCAGUACGGUCACCGCUUAGAAACCGAUGACAGAAUUGACACGGAGACGAUGGAAGACCGUAUGUCAUUCGCUGAAACUGUCCGAGCUAUGAACGCGGAACUUGGUAAAGCAGGGCGACAGCGCGGCAACAUUACGAAGUUUUUCUUCGAUUCUUCAGAGAAGCUGGCAAAGACCACAGAUGAACCGUUUCUAAUGGUUAAGAAAGGCGUUAUGUCAGAUGGAAAACCAUGGCUGGGAAAUGAUAGGUACGAAGGAUUUUGCGCUGAGUUGACACGUCGACUAUUUCACUACUUGGAUAAACCGUACAGGCUUAUGUUUGUAAAAGAUGGGAUGUAUGGCGUAAAAAAAUACGACUCGAACAACCAGACCAGCUGGAAUGGAAUGAUAGGGGAGUUGUUGCGUGGAGAAGCUGAGGUGGCUGUAGCCCCUUUGACAAUCACCAGUGAACGCGAGGAGGUUGUGGAUUUCUCUAAACCGUUCAUGGACGUUGGAUUAAGCAUCAUGAUCAAGAAGCCGGAAGUCCAGAAGCCCGGAGUCUUCUCCUUCAUGCAACCGUUAGAGCUAAAACUUUGGUUGUGCCUUGUUCUGGGCUAUGCGACCGUUGGCAUUGGCAUCUUUUUCGUCAGUCGCGUCAGUGGGGCCGAGUGGAGGCGCCACCCGGUAACGGGCAAGAUUGAUUACAACAAAUUCAACCUACCGAACUCGCUAUUGUUCGCGAUGGGCUCGCUUAUGCUGCAAGGUUGCGACGAUGCGUGUCCAAGGUCAGUACCGGGCCGUAUUUUAGGCGGUGCCUGGUGGUUUGCCGUUCUGAUUGCCAUAUCGUCGUAUACCGCCAAUCUUGCCGCCUUUCUCACGAUAGAGAAGCUGUUAACACCCAUACAAGGCGCUGAUGACUUAGCCAAGCAAACUGAAAUUGCCUAUGGGACGCUGGCCUCUGGGUCAACACAAGAUUUCUUUAAGAAUUCAAACGUGCCGACCUACACGCGCAUGUGGUAUUAUAUGGAGUCAGCAACACCGUCUGUGUUCGUUCAAAGUAUGGAGGAAGGUAUAAAACGUGUGAGGGAGUCCAAGGGAAAGUACGCUUUCCUUAUGGAAUCAGUAUACAAUGAAUAUGCGAAUAAUCAAAAACCUUGCAACACAAUGAAAGUGGGUCACAAUAUAAACUCCAACCAUUACGGAAUAGCGACAAGAAAGUUGUCAAUCUUAAGGUAUAUAUUUUAUGAAAUCACUUUAGGCGUUCUGAAACUGACGGAAGAAGGUGUCAUAGAUCGUAUGAAGAAGGACUGGUGGGGAAACAAGGGGGAGUGUGGCUUCAACAAAGGACAUAAGUCGAAGAAGAAGAGUCUCUCACUGAGUAACGUUGCGGGAAUCUAUUUCAUUCUGAUAGCAGGGCUGGUGUUCGCCAUAAUAGUGGGUGUAUGCGAGUUCUUGUACAUCAAAUCCAAGCCAGAUGGAGUGCCUUCCGCUGUUAGAAGUCUUAUGGUAUUUAUGAUGCCUGGAACUGACACGCUGGAGCAAACAGAUGACGCCACAGAUGACGAAACAGGAAAUCACAAGACGCAGAAUGGACCGUCUUCUCCAGCAAAUGGCAAUGCACAGGCUGCCGGCUAUUUUAGUUAUGACCCAGUCCCUAGCAGUCCUCCGCCGCUAAUUACCGUUGAAAUGGACGCCAACACUUCCGUUUGAGCAUGAUGAUGUCAUAAUUCCGUUGUUAUGGUAAUUGAAUGAAUCUUGGGGUACAAGACGAACCUUCAACUUUCAUAACCAUAUGUAUAACAGCCGGACGAUAUCGACGCAGCUAGAGAGAUACAUGUUAGUGUAAGGCAAAACGACGUUACUAUAACGUGGGUGACAUUUUGACUUUUGAGCAUGCAUAUAAGUACUGAGGAAAAAGACGUCUUAACCAUACGAGGCAACUAUAAUUAUAUCAUAGCGAAUCUGAAGGCAGAUUAAACAACGCCUGAACAGUGCGAAUGUGCAAGAUUGGGAUAACAAAAUCACGCUAGAAUAUGUGAAGUUGGGAUUUGGGACAAUUUUGAUAAGAAAGGCCCGAUAAUAAAUGAUUGCAAAAGGUAAAAGUUAAAAUGCUAUUGUAAAUUGAAUAUGAUAUUCAUCUUAGAUGUGGCAGUUAGCGUCUAUUUGAAUAUUAUGAAAUGUCAAAUGAAGAUUAAAAGAGUCGAAAUACACCGAUGUUGAUCUCUGAUACAGAAGCCGAAUUUUGACAGCUUUAGUUUCAAAAUAUCACCGAGGAGUGUUUUACGUAAACUACAAAUAAUGUCUGUGAAAUAAGGAAAUAUUGUGAAUAUUGAUAUAGUUCUUUGUGUAUACCAUUAUUAUUGUAGAACAUCUCCUGUAUAUGUUGUUAACAGCCUAUAAUCAAAAUAUUGGUGCUUGUAACUGCUUUACAUAGUAUAAUAAACUGUAUUGUAGUACUUUGGCAUGUAAAACAUGAACUAAAAAAAGCUUUACUAGCGAUGGCGUUUAAGUGUAGUAAACAGUUAUGUUGUAACCAUUGUUAAGUUAUUCUCGUACUAGCAUGGAUGUACAUGUAUGGUUUUGUCACAUGUUAACAAACACGUGCAGUUCAUGUUCGUGUAUAUGUAUCACUUUCAUCAUAUGAGUCGUGUUCUGAUAAAUCUAAGCAUAAUGCAUGUGCGUAAAGUGUCGUUCCAGAUUCGCCUGUGCAGUGCGUACCAGGCUAAUCAGGGACGACACUUUCCGCCUAAAUUUGAUUUUCGGUAAGGAGGGACUUCCUUAAAACUUAAAAUACCAUAACAACGGAAAGUGUCGUCCCUGAUUAGCCUGUGCGGACUGCACAGGCUAAUCUGGGACGACACUUAACGCAAAUGCAUUAUGCCCAGUUUUCUCAGAACACGACUCAUAUCGAUUCGUAUUAAGAAAUUGAGUAAACAAUUCGAUGGUAGUUUAAAAAUAGUCGAUUUACCCUUUUAUGAAUGCAUUCGUAAUAGUGUCAUUUCCUAUG